UGAUUAUCGAUCACUCCACAAAGCCAAGUAGACUUUUUCGGCCGACUCUUCAAUAAAUGGCCACCCAAGGAUCUUCCGUAGAGGAAAAUGCGGACGUUGGUCAGCAAAUUGAACGCAUACAAAACCACAAGAAUGUACAAGGUCUGAUAUUAGUCAACCCUGAAGGUAAUCCGGUCCGAACAAAUCUGGACAACUCCACCUCGUUGCAAUAUACAAGACAUAUGGAUGAACUACGAGCUAUAACGGAACACGCGGUCCGUGACCUGGAUCCAAGGGACGAGCUGGUUGUACUGCGCAUUCGAACCAAAUUCAAUGAAAUAAUGGUCCUUCCAGAAAAAGGGUGUCUGGUGGUGUGUAUACAAGCCCGUGAGGACCACAUCGAAGAUGUCCAAGGUUUUCAAACGUAGAAGAAACCACAGCCGAAACAGUCGCGCAGUGAAUGUAACAAAAAACAGGAAUGCAAUAAAAUUGUCGUUGAAAUUGUACUGUGUCAGGCAGUGUCGGUAUCCAAUGG